AUGCCGCUCUCAGAGGCGAUGGAACGAGUCCGAAUCAUGGCCGGCGGCCAGAACUUCACUUGGGAAAGGUCUUCUGGUGCGUACGGCGGCAGGCUGCAUAUCAGCUUUCCGAUCGUUCUGUGGUACCAGCACAGCUGGGAGAAUGAGAUCAAGAAGUCGAGGACUUCGUGCGUUGUCUCGUUCGUGCACAAGCCUGGCUGUGCCUUUGUUUACCAGCCUACAGUGCCAGUUACGACCCUGUUGAUCGAGCCAAAGCAGCUGUUCCGCCCCAUGUUCCAGUUUGAUCCUCGAUCUUUCCACACCUUCAAGCUUGCAUGGCGACACUACUUGGACUUUGGCAGCACCGACUACAGAGUCAUUGUUGGAGGCGAGUUGGAAAGAUGGUGCCAACGCUGCAAGACUGCCAUUGAAAAACCUUUCAAUGCAGUUUACUGGCUGCUGCUCAUGAUCGGCCGGGACCUGACUUUCACGCGGGAUUUGGAACAGGUUCCCAUCAUUUGCAUUGACUCCUUCGUGGCAUUGUCGGCGCUCCUUUUCUCUCCAGAGCGGCAGGUGCUUUAUGCGGGUGUGGAUCCGACCCCGUCGUACCUCAGAUGGUUGCAGUACAUUGGUGAUCAGUACAACUCGAACAAGGCCCAGGGCAUAAGCGCAGCCAACUAA